AGUUCCAGAUUCAAAAUUGAAAGUGAGCGUAAUCAAAGGGCGGAGAGCCGAGGUGCAUUAGCGUUAGGUUAACGCUUUCAUUCAAAACGCCGAGCUUCACACCCUUCCAAGUUCCAAUAUAAACCCUCGCUUGCUUCUGUACUCUCUCCUACACUCGUACUCCUUCUCUCAGAUCAUUUGCUAUUCUCUUCAAACCAACGCAGCAUCGCUAUACUCUCCAUUUCAUGGUAAUGGCUUUGCCCAAUCAGCAAACCGUGGAUUACCCCAGUUUCAAACUCGUAAUCGUCGGUGAUGGUGGCACAGGAAAGACAACUUUUGUGAAGAGGCAUCUCACUGGGGAAUUCGAAAAGAAAUAUGAACCAACCAUCGGCGUGGAAGUUCACCCAUUGGACUUUUUCCCAAACUGUGGAAAGAUUCGAUUCUACUGCUGGGAUUCUGCUGGACAGGAGAAGUUUGGUGGCCUCAGAGAUGGAUAUUAUAUCCAUGGGCAAUGUGCAAUUAUCAUGUUUGAUGUUACUGCUCGUCUAACGUACAAAAAUGUCCCAACGUGGCAUCGUGAUCUCUGUCGGGUCUGUGAGAAUAUCCCGAUUGUUCUCUGCGGUAACAAGGUUGAUGUCAAGAACAGGCAAGUGAAGGCAAAGCAGGUUACUUUCCACAGGAAGAAGAAUUUGCAGUACUAUGAGAUAUCUGCUAAGAGCAACUACAACUUUGAAAAGCCUUUCCUGUAUUUGGCCAGGAAACUUGCAGGCGAUCCUAACUUGCACUUUGUAGAAUCUCCUGCAUUGGCUCCACCUGAAGUUCAAAUUGAUUUAGCUGCCCAACAACAGCAUGAAGCUGAGCUUGCUGCAGCUGCUAGUCAGCCCCUUCCUGACGAUGAUGAUGACACUUUUGAGCUUGCUAUUGUCUUCAGCCCAACGCAGGAUCGAUUUACUCACCAUUUCAUGGCUUUGCCCAAUCAGCAAACCGUGGAUUAUCCCAGUUUCAAGCUCGUAAUCGUCGGUGAUGGUGGCACAGGAAAGACAACUUUUGUGAAAAGGCAUCUCACUGGGGAAUUCGAGAAGAAAUAUGAACCAACCAUCGGCGUGGAAGUUCACCCAUUGGACUUUUUCACAAACUGUGGAAAGAUUCGAUUCUACUGCUGGGAUACUGCUGGACAGGAGAAGUUUGGUGGCCUCAGAGAUGGAUAUUAUAUCCAUGGGCAAUGUGCAAUUAUCAUGUUUGAUGUUACUGCUCGUCUGACAUACAAAAAUGUCCCUACAUGGCACCGUGAUCUUUGUCGGGUCUGUGAGAAUAUCCCGAUUGUUCUCUGCGGUAACAAGGUUGAUGUCAAGAACAGGCAAGUGAAGGCAAAGCAGGUUACUUUCCACAGGAAGAAGAAUUUGCAGUACUAUGAGAUAUCUGCUAAGAGCAACUACAACUUUGAAAAGCCUUUCCUGUAUUUGGCCAGGAAACUUGCAGGCGAUCCUAACUUGCACUUUGUAGAAUCUCCUGCAUUGGCUCCACCUGAAGUUCAAAUUGAUUUAGCUGCCCAACAACAGCAUGAAGCUGAGCUUGCUGCAGCUGCUAGUCAACCCCUUCCUGACGAUGAUGAUGACACUUUUGAGUAGAGGUCUUGUGUGUUUGUGGACUGUCCCGAUUGCUGGUAUUUGUAUGCUACUGUAUGUGCUUUUGGGGGAUUGUAUCGGCAUUUAUGGACGUGAAUUCGAUGAUCUGAAUUCAAUCAUUAUGAUAUUUUAUUUGCUUAAAUUGAAAAUCUCCGUUGACUAAAGAUUUCA